GGGGGGCAAAACCUGGCGAAGCCAGAGACAGAUCUUACUGAUCAUGAGUCAAGCGUCAAAUCAAUGCACCACGUGGUUCUAACACCGUUCUUUUUUCCGUCAAGCUUCAGAAAAUUCGAAGAACAAUUGACGGUAGAAAGAAGGUUCAGCUUCGGUUUCGAGGAUCCUUUUAGCCUGAAGAAUAUCUCAUAUUUCCCUUUGUUUCGUCCUUGUGGUCGAGGAGAGACGUGGUACCGGACGGCAAUCAUAGUUUAAUACGCUUCCUCAAAGCGCCACUAUUAGGCGCUUUGUCUUGGUCUUGUGGCCUGUGUUUGCCUCGUUGCUCCGCAGUACACCUUCCUGCAGACAAAGCAACUGUGUUUCUAAACUUUGCCUCUACCACCAUGAACAUUCUACCCACCCAGAUUCUUCCUGAGGCUCUUUUUUUGAGCUCUCGUAUGACCUCCUUAGCAGCAGUGGAAGCAGCUUUGACUCAAUUCGAAGCUCUUGUAAACGUCAAUCAUCAGCGACUAGGUAUUCUCAUCGCAGAGCUUUUACAAACUCAACAAAGUGCUUUGCCACUUGUCAUCUCCUGUGUCCACGAUGAUGCUUUCAAUCUUCUUCGAGCCCACAUCUCCGACCUCUUUCAAGAACCAAAACUGUUUGGUGAAUCUGUAGCACUUGAGUUGCUCCUGAAUUUAUCACAUUUCUUGUAUUUUCAUGACAUGCCACCUUCCAUUCUGCAAUCGCAGGAUCUGAUCAGGACCUAUUAUCCAACCGUUCAAAAUGCUCCGGUUGUGCUGAAGUCACUUUCCAUAGCAGAGUUCUCUGAAGAAAGUUCGAUCCCUGAGGACGAGCAAGUCAGUUCCUUCGGUAUCCGCGUUCGUCGUAAGCAAAAAGGCCAAAAACACACCCGAACAAAAUCCAAAGCAUUAGAUCCGAAACCGUUCAAAAGUCUCGGCCUCGAAGUACCUUCGACUCGAUUCGACGCGGAAAAGCUGACUCUCCAAGUCCUCAAAACAUUGGAGAACAUUUUCAAUUUUUAUCUGGACCUUGUUCGUGACACCAACAUAGGGACUGCGAUUAAAACAAGCUUCAUCUCCCAGACUGCGGUUGAUCCGACUACGUACCAAAACCUAACGUCAAGUGCCCGUCAGGAAGAUCAAGCUCCUACAGAGGAUGUUACUCAGCUAGCUUUUCCUAAAGUACAACCAAUGAAAUCAGCCCUUCAUUUCGACAGCAUCGAUGGAUUCGGAGAAUGGUCUAUCUUUAUAAGCCAAAAUGCUGAUACUGAGUUGCGAAUUAGACACAGAAGGGACAAGACUUCCUUUGAUAUCAUAGUUAAAAAGAUCAAGGAACUUUCUAACGGGCAUUUUUCUGCUGAUAAUCAGAAGCGGCUCAGCGGUCCUAACUCUGAGGUACCGGUUUUUGAAGCAAAAAUGACUUCGGACCUCCGUUUGAUCUAUCAAAUUGACAUUGUCGUCAAUGAUGAUGAGAGAGAACGACAAGCUAUCAAGAUAUUCGGUAUAUACACCCACGCGCAAAUGGACAAUCGGAUGUGGGAAUCAAUCAGCAGGCAACUCGAUCGAAAAGGGAAGGAGUAUAGGGACCGAUGUGCUAUACGCAUCAAAGCUGAACACGCUGCUGACAGAACCUUUGUUCCUGCUUUUUUUCCACCAUUACCUGAGACAGAGGAAGAUGAACCCUUUAAUUGGUUAGCGGAUGAAAACCCGGUACAUUCACGCUUUCUGAUGGAUAAAUAUGUCGUCUUCUCGCAGCCUUUGCUUAACACUAUGUUGGCCGAUUUGGAUGCCACUUUUCCUCAUCUAGUAUCUGCGAAAGAAAAGCAAAUCAUCGAACAUCCACAGUCAUGUUAUGUUAUUGGACGGAGCGGGACUGGCAAAACAACAACUUUACUAUUCAAAAUGCUUCUAGUCGAAAGAACUCAUCAAAUGACAGGUGCCGAUGCUCCCAAGCCACGCCAAAUCUUCGUCACGCAAUCCCGAAUUCUGGCGAAGAAAGUAGAACAGUAUUUUGUGACUCUUGGUCGUUCUUUGAUUGCCAGCUCCCAAUCACUGAGUAACUUGUGUGAAAUUCGUGCUAGUCAGAGAGGCAAUGUGCUAGAUGACGAGGACGACAUGAUUCAUGUAGAUGAUAUUGUUGAUUGGAGUGGUGAUCUCCCCUCGAAAUUCAGUGAUCUUCGUGACGAGCACUUUCCUCUGUUCACGACGUUCAAUGGUCUUUGUGCCAUGUUAGAAGCCGAUAUCGCCAAUGCUGAGUCUAAAACCAAGAAACAUCCUAAAGCUAGUAUCCCUCUCAAUGCGUCGGAGCGGGGUAGCCUUGCCGUGACAUAUGAAGUAUUCUUGCGGGAUUAUUGGCCUCACUUUUCGCAGUCUAUUGCGGGAAAGCUAGACCCUUCCCUUGUCUUCAGCGAAUUGAUAGGUGUUAUAAAGGCAUCAGAGGAAACACUCGAAGGCACCAAACACUUUCUGGAUCGCGCUGCCUAUCAUAAUCUUAGCACACGAAGCCAGUCAACCUUUGCGGAAAAUCGGGAAGACCUUUACGAGCUCUUCAUGGCAUAUCUUGCGAAAAAGAAAAGGUUGGGAGAUGUCGAUGGCGCAGAUAGGGCCCACAAAAUUCUAGACUUCUUCAAACUUCAAGGAAUACCGGGGCAAAAGCUCGAUCACCUAUAUGUGGACGAAGUCCAAGAUAACCUGCUAAUCGACACGCUUAUUCUACGCUUGCUAUGCCAUGAUGAGAAUGGGUUGUUCUGGGCAGGCGAUACAGCACAGACGAUAUCCGUGGGAAGCUCUUUCAGGUUCAAUUCGCUGAAAGCUUUUCAAUGGAGACUUGAGGAAAACCGCCGGUCAACUUCAUCAAACUCGCAAGCAGCUAUUGAGCCGCAGACAUUCCAAUUAUCAGUUAAUUAUCGCUCCCAUUCUGGAAUCGUCGAUUGCGCGCACUCUAUCAUUGAGCUUAUAACACGUUUUUGGAAAGAUUCAAUUGAUAGACUUGCGCCUGAAAAGGGAGUCGUCGCCGGACUGAAGCCGUUGUUUUUUGUUGGGUGGGACGAGGAUACUGCAGGCCUUGACCAUUUCGUCUUUGGGGAUUCGGGAAACCGAAUUGAAUUUGGUGCACAACAAUGUAUCCUGGUUCGAAAUGAAGCUGCUCGAGAUCGCCUCAAACUGAAAUUAGGCGACGGUGUUGGUCUCAUCAUGACGAUCUAUGACAGCAAGGGUUUGGAAUUCAACGACGUUCUACUCUACGACUUUUUUGGUGAUUCACCUGCCAAGCUAGCGCAGUGGAGGCUCAUCCUAAGUGCUCUCAACGAUCGUUCGGUAGUGACUGCUCCUGAAUUUGAGAGAAACAAGCAGCGUUAUGCUAGUAUUUGCACUGAACUUAAAUUUCUCUAUGUUGCGAUCACAAGGGCCCGGGAGAAUGUUUGGAUCGUCGAUUCUUCGGAGAGUAGCGAACCCAUGAGGAUGUACUGGACCGAACGAGACCUAGUUAGGAAUAUUGAACCUGGGACAAAUGCUCCUAAACUUGCCACCUCCUCCUCGCCCGAGGAUUGGGCACGACAAGGUGAUCUUCUUUUUGAAAGGAAAAAAUGGGCCGAAGCCAAACACUGCUUUGAGCGCGCUCUUCAGCCUAAGAAGGUUGCAAUUGCCGAAGCUUAUCGUCUUCGAGAAAAGGCUGAACGAUCAAGUUUAGACAAGUCUAAUGCCAAGUUACGGAACGCCCAAUUCCAUGAAGCUGCAGAAGCAUUCUAUCAAUGCUCUCGAUCUGCCAGGCGUAAAAGAAUUUCAGAUUUUGUCAGAUUAUCAGGGACUUGCUACGAGAAGGCCGGUGAAUUUUUACUUGCAGCUAGAAAUUACAAUCUCGCUCGCCGGUUCAACGACUCCGUUCGAUGCUACAGAAAAGCGGACCGGUACGACGAGGCAGUCAAGAUUGUUCAAACGGAGACAGAUGUAGAACCAUCCCUUGUUGCUGAUACUAUUCGUGUUGCAAAGAUGUUCUACUUCAAUCAAGUGCAAUCAUUGCCCUCCUGUCUCGACCGCGACAAAAAGCUUCAGCAGGCGGGCUCCUUGUUCGAUACAGUGGACGCUCAACUGGAAUAUCUUGAAGAUAGAGACAUGGAUAUAGCACGAGCCGUUUUGCUUGUUGCUCAUGGCAGAACUCGCGAGGCUGCGGAGCUCCACUUGGCAGAAGGAAGAACUUUGGAAGCGAUUGACUAUUUCCUCCAAGAUACUGACAUCGAUCAUGAAAACUCUGCACGCAGAGCUACUGAGUGUAUCCUGGAUGGACUGUGGCGCAAAUUAACAUUCUCCGUGCCUCCAGACCAAAUGACCGAAGAUUUUGAUUUUGUCAAGCUCUUUCAACUUGCCAAGAAAAUUAACCAGUCAUCAUUAACACCAAAUUCUCGCGACGAGUUGGCUAUGUUUCAGGCUAUUGUUAACAAGGAUCAAAAUACGCUUCGAAAACUUGGAAUUAUUUUUCUCAAAGCAAAUAGUCUUCCCUCUGCACUCCUCUGCCUUGAUCAUUAUUAUAAUCCUCCUUUACCUUUUGAUAAUCUUACAGUUUACCAGAUGGCAGACGAGUUGGAUCUCUUUCGCCGAUAUGCUCAACUUCUACUCGAUCUCUUUACCAAUCCUAGGCCGGCAGAUCAGCUUGGAUUGUGCAAACUGUUUGGAGUUCUCAAACUUUCGGACAGCCAUAUUCUCCUCUCUAGCGGAAGCUUCCUUCAUAGGAACUAUCCUAAUGUCUCAUCUGGUCACGAUUUACAGCUGGACAUGAUGACUUUUAUGCGUUAUUUUCGAUCACGUGUUUCCAAUCGACUCCGCGAACUCGUCUUUGAACAGAACAGUAUAUGCAGAGGUUGUAGCACAUUCACACCUUGCCUAACAUAUGCAGUCUUCGAGUAUUGUCACCGGCAAACAUCUUGUCACAAUGCGCAUCUCUCAGCAGCAUCCUUCUCCAGCACCUUUUACAAUACAAGGCUAAGAAUUCAUCUGCAACAAGUUUUGAUUGUGCGGAUUCUUCAUCAAGUAUAUCAAUACAGCUCUAUUGCAAUGGUCACCCAACGCAGUUUCUGGUUAAGUCGUCUCUAUGACGCGUUGUUCCCGUCUAGUCAUAUAAUCGGGACAUUGGCAAUAGCCCAAUUCGAAUCUAUCGUGGAAUACCCAGAAGCCCUGCAGACGUUACAGCAAUGGAUCCACAGUUUCAUCUACUCACGCCCUUAUCUUCCGGUAAAUACUUUUCUAUCUGACCUCACCCGUAUCGGCACGCUUGCAAUGGUUUUCGAUAAACCGCAUGCAUUAUCGACAUCGCUACUCCGUCGAGGAAACUAUACUCGCCUUCAUCCCCCUCCGCUAUUCCUUCGACGAGGUGGUGGUCAUAUUGUUUACGAACUGAUUGGUUUCAUUGAGGAUCAUCCUCAACCGAAUCCGCAGUGUUUGGACGCCGCGGUUCUCACUCUGUGGCAUAUAAUGGCAAAUUCAGUUCCUAUUGAGAUUGGUCUUCUUUGUGACAUAUUGGAGAGACUUUGUCGGUCGUUGGUUUUGGCUAGCAGCUCUUCCCGGGACCUCAAACUCCACAACGUCACUCUACCACGCAGUUGGUUGAUGAAACCUAUUUGUGUUGAGGAAGAGAGAAGGAAACACUUUUCCCAGCUUCCCAAUCUAAUCAUACCUAUUGGGGACCUUCUUGCUCAGGUCUACACUGGCCGCUUUGCAGACCAUCUAAUGUAUGAGAAUCGAAACCUCACUUCGAAUGUUCCGAUCAGAGUUCGCACAAUUUUCAUAUCCAGAAUUUGCAGGGCAAUAUCUCUUCUUGGCUAUAAUUUCGGGGACAACGAUUUUAGGUUGAGGAUCUUAAACGAGAUAACUUCACUUCGAACAGUGCGGCAAGCUGAAACACCGUUUCCAUUUACAUAUCGAUUCUACGUUGAAGCACGCCAAUGGAGCGACAUUGCACAUGCAGUGCGGCACUCCACGAGAGGUUCGACAAUGGACGAGAUGAUCAAUGUCGUACACAAAGACAGAUAUAACAACACCCGAUUUGCUCCAUCUGGAGUUCGUAUCGUAGUGUAUGACAAGAUUGAGUCUCUUCCUCAGCUGCUUGUUGAGGGAGUUCCGCCUGCAGCACCCUCCAUCAAUGACAAUGCUCCGCGGGAUGUUAGACUUAGAGCAACUGCAGCUCCAUUCGAGUCGUCUCUCACGCAAUUUACAUCGGCGACAGUGCAAGCUGAGGCCACACCAGGACAAGGUGAUUCCGAUGAUGUAACAAUGGAUCUAAAUACAGAGCCGAUCGAGCAAGUGGAGGAUGUGGCUCAACAGACAAUUCCUUCCUCAAUAGAUAAUACACUCGACAAUCCACUUGUUCAGGAACCCGAGAUCCUUGAAGCGACAGAGGAUGAGCAUCAGAACGCUACGAUUAUUCAACAAGCAUAUAGACGGUAUUCAACUCGAAAAGCGAAGGAAAGGACACAGCUUUCGGUAUCUCGAGACAAAUGGUUUGAUGAAUAUUUGAAGAUGAAAGGGGUUCCAGAUGGUCGAUAUCGCAAGAUGAUGCUUGGACCUCUACCACAUAUCUUGGUCUUUAUUGACCUUCUCCACAUUGGCACCCAGGAAUUGAAGAACAGCACGAAAAAGCGUCUUCGUUUACCCCUAAAAUCAGAAGAGGCAGAUUCAUUAGACAAGCAGCUUACCCGAACGAAUAAUGUUAUCAAGAAGAGUUUGAAGUGGAAGAAAACACUGGAGCCGCAAUCAGAUUUCCAUUCCUGCCGCGAUUGCCUCCAGCUCAGGGCUUUUGUCAAGGAGAUAGAGGAAUUGAUUCAAAAUGAGUUACCUGAACUGCCUAUCAAGAUGUCCCUCGAUACAAGGUCAGAAUUCGACUUGGGAUAUAAAGGUAUUGCUCAAGAACCAGUUCCGCGUAAGGCUGUACCAUCGAAGCCUCCGAAACCCGAGCUUAACACGGAGGAUGUGCUCUGAUCGACUGUGAUCGAUUUUCUGGUAGUUUAUCUAUAUGACUAGGCUCCACUAUUGUGUUCCACACCUCCUUGGUGGUGGCUGUAUGUACUGGAACUGUAGAUUAAAAAUGCGGCGCGCAUAGACGCCUCCAUAUGCUAAGUGAGGGAUGUGAGUCGGG